AUGGGACAUCAUUAUACAAAAGAGCAAUUCAAUAUUGAUUUGGAUAUUGAUACAAUACAAUAUUAUGUAAACGAGUAUAAAAAACUACAACCUCAAUCAAUGUUUGGCAAAAGAUUUAGUCCACUUUUGCUUCUACCAUAUCAAACAAUGUGUAGUUCCUGUGGUACACAAUUGAAAACUAUAUUUCAAAGUUGUGCUAAUAUUAUAUAUUGUACCAAAAUUCAACCAUGCUUGCUCUAUAAAGCAGACUGCCAUCAAUGUCAACGAUCACAUAGACUAUCAUCUAUUUAUUUAAUGGAUCAGAAAUCAACAAUGGUUAACACAAAAUCACAAUGUUCUGAAUUCGUGCAUUUCUCCGGAGCAUUGGUCUUCUCUAAGAAGAUUUUGAUCUUAUUUUCUUGUCUUUUAAUUGACGACUAUGCGACUUUCGGUGGUUUUGGCUCUGCUAUUACUAAAGUUCUCAACAAACUUCGGCGUUUAGAUAUGAACGAUUUUUCACCGGAAGCAUUGUCUCGAAAUCUACAAUCAGUGUGGCUUUACUAUGAACUGGCAAAUUUUAUCUUUAUGACCAAUAAAUUCAGUGAAACGAUUUUCCCGUAUGCAAUGUGUGAGGGCCGAACUAAGAUACGAGGUGAACAGUCCACACGUGCUAUUUCCAUUGAAAGAAAUCUGGACUGGUUUUACCAUCUGUUCACCGUUUUCUGGUCUCAUCAUAAAGAAAUAUUUGGAGAAUGUCAAUGUAGUGGUGGAUGUUCUCGCACGAUUACUAUUGAUGGCCAUCAAAAGCCGUAA